AGCUCGGGGUGGGGACAAGGGACGGCCACCUCGCUGUAAGUGCCUCUCGCCCCCUCCUACCCCUGCCCUGGGUGCCCCAUAGGGAGCAGUGGGGCGCAGACCUUCGCCCUUUUGCGCCGGCGUUGGGGUGGGCGGCGAGCUGAGAACGGGCAAACUCGUCACACCGAGCUGGGGUCCAGGGCGUGGGGGGGGGUCCAACCCAUCUCCCGGUGCGUGAGGAUGGGUCGCUCCAUGGCGUGGCUGAGAUUUGGGGUAGGGUUGGAGGGAACAGUGCCGAGCAUGAAACUUUUCCGUGUCUCAGGAGUGCGUGGGAGCACACAGAGGGACUUCCUGGUAUGGGGCAGAGCGCAGUGGGGACAUCGGGGGUGUCCCAGACCCGAGGGGAUGCGAAGGGGCUGUGGGGGCACAGGGCUGGGUGGUGGAAGCGUUGCAUGGUCGUCUCUGUCCCCUUAUGCCGGGUUGUCCCCAAAUGCCACUGCUGCACCGGGGACAGAGCCGUGCUGCUUGUGUCACUGUGCCGAUGUGAGGUGGGGGCGGGGGGUGUGGGAAUGUGGUUGGGGCCCCUUCUCCACCCAAAAGGGCCGCGCGUGGUCAGGUCCUCGUGGGGGCUGUGCCACGGGGGGGUGCCCAGGGGAAGGGGACAUCGGCUCAGCCCCACGCGAAGGGAUGCGUUGGGUGAGGACGGUGAUGCUGCGCCAACAAAUUGGGUGAGGGGGAGAAGCCAGGCUUGGGGGGGAGAGACGUCUCUUUUUGUGCACCGAGCUUUUGUGGCAAACCCCAAAAGGAAAGCUGAGGGCUGGGCCGGGGGUUGCUAAUUCUGCUCAACCCGAUGGCUGUUUUCAGCACGGCGGGCAGGAAGCCGCCAGCCAGCACCGCAAGACCCUCCUCAUGCAGUGAGAAAUAACCUGGUGUGAAAACCUGUGCGAGAGCACGUGCACCCCCCCGGGUUGUGGUUGCACUGUGGCACUGCCGGAGCAAAGCCAGACCCUGGGAAAUGCUGCCUGCCCCCUGCUUGUGUCCCUUGGGGCGCCACGGGAUGGCUGUCACACUGUCCCCGACUGCACCAGGGAGUGGCACAACCCCACAGUGCCGUGGGGAGAGCACACACCCUGCAGGUCCAUCACACCCGCCCACCUCCAGCUCCAAUUGCCACCUACCUGCAUGCCUCCAGGUCCCCAUGUCACCCACGUGCUCGCAGGUCCCCGUCAUCCACCUGCCUCCACGUCCCCAUAGGACAUGCUGCAGGGCAGACCCCCAGCACCGUCCCCGUCCUCUCUGUGCCUUCCCAGCCCCUCUCACCUUCUCCACAUUGCCAGGACUCCCUCCCUGGGGCCAUUCCCUGCAGCAGACCUGGGGUGACCGGUGGGCCACCUGUGCUCCUGUUUGCAAACAGCUCUGGUCCUGUUUAAUGAGUAACUGGAGGGCUGAGCUCAGGGAGGGAGAGGCCCCCGGGCUGAGCUUCCAUGCUGGCUGUUUCAUGGCUGAGAAGUGCCUCUUGGCUGCUGGUGAUAUGUGUGCACUGAGUGUGCCCGGCCUCAGCCCAGCUGCAUGCAAAGGGAUGGGGCGAGUGGCACCUUUGCCAUCCCUUGUGCCCAGGAUGCCUCACGGCCCAGGAAUCCCCACAGAAUAAAGGAGGACAACUGAGGUGUGCUCGGGAUCUGUUCGAUCAACGCAGGCUAAAUGUGGUUUCCAGUUGUUCUCAGCAAAAUGAAAAGCCAAACCACUUCUGUUCCGGCCCAAGGGACGUUUCUGAGCAGGCUUCUAGGUUGUGUGCCCUCUAAAAAUAAAAAGAGCCAAUCAGUAUAAAUAACUAUCGCCCUUCUGGGUGCGGAUGAGUCUGCCGGGGGGGUCACGCUGCACUGUCCCACGCUGCACCGUCCCACACUGCAGAGCAUGCAUAGGCAUGCCCCGGAUUUUGGGGGGAAGGGAUGCUCAGCCCCUAGCACCCCCCCGGCCAUGAGCAUGUCAGCUCUUCCCGAGCCUUUGGGACGCCCGCGAAGCAGCUCCUUUCGCAGCCUGGCUGGGACGCUGGAGGCCAACCUGGGCAUGGGGACCCUGGAGGCGGACAGGGAGGAGAUGCGCAUCCUCAAGGUGUGCUUCUACAGCAACAGCUUCAACAUGGGCAAGAACUUCAAGCUGGUCAAGUGCCCCGUGACGACGGAGAUCCGGGAGGUGAUCAGAUCCAUCCUGGUGAGCGGCCGCAUCGGGCCUGACAUCCAGCUGGCUGAGUGCUACGGGCUGCGCCUGAAGCACGUCAAGUCAGACGAGAUCCACUGGCUGCACCCCGAGCUGACGGUGGGUGAGGUGCAGGAGAAGUACGAGUGCCUGCACCUGGAGGCCGAGUGGAGGUACGACCUGCAGAUCCGCUAUCUGCCUGAGGACUACAUGGAGCGCUUCUUAGAGGACAAGACCACGCUGCUCUACUUCUACCAGCAGCUCCGCAGCGAGUACAUGCAGAACUACGCCAGCAAGGUGAGCGAGGGCAUGGCCCUGCAGCUGGGCUGCCUCGAGCUCAGGAGGUUUUACAAGGACAUGCCCCAAAACGCACUGGAUAAGAAGUCCAACUUCGAGUUCCUGGAGAAGGAGGUGGGCUUGGACCUGUUCUUCCCCAGCCAGAUGCAGGAGAACCUGAAGCCCAAGCAGUUCCGCAAGAUGAUCCAGCAGACGUUCCAGCAAUACGCGCUGCUGCGGGAGGAGGAGUGCAUCCUGAAGUUCCUGCAUACACUCUCCACCUUCGCCCACAUUGACCAGGAGAGCUAUCGCUGUGAGCUCAUUCAAGGGUGGAACAUCACAGUAGACCUGGUCAUCGGGCCAAAGGGCAUCCGGCAGAUGACGAGCAAGGAGGCCAAGCCCACCUGCCUGGCCGAGUUCAAGCACAUCAAAUCCAUCAAGUGCUCCAGCGUGGAGGAGGGACGGGCUGUGCUGCAGCUGGGGCUCAGCGGCACCCCCCAGUCCCUGGCCAUCAAGACGUCAUCUCUGGCCGAGGCAGAGAACAUGGCUGACCUCAUCGAUGGCUACUGCCGGCUGCAGGGGGGCCUGGACACAUCCCUCAUCGUCUUCCCCAGGAGAGAGAAGGAGAAGAGGAGCAGCCUUCCACGGAUCCCCAUCCCGCACCUGGAGGAGCGGCACUCUGCUGUGUCCGACAGCCUCAGUGUGGACUCUGAGAUUUAUGCUGAAAUCCCCGAUGAGACCUCACGCACGAGAUCUGGAGCCCAGCACUACGGGGUCUGCCGGAAGGACAUCACAUUGGGAAGGAUCCUGGGAGAAGGCUUCUUCGGCGAGGUGUACGAGGGCACCUACACCAACCCGAAAGGGGAGAGGGUGAAUGUGGCUGUGAAGACGUGCAAGAAGGACUGCAGCCCCGAGAAUAAGGACAAGUUCCUGAGUGAAGCGAGGCUGAUGAAGAACUUGGACCACCCCCAUAUCGUGAAGCUCAUCGGCAUUGCAGAGGAAGAACCCACCUGGAUCAUCAUGGAGCUGUACCCCUAUGGGGAGCUGGGCCAAUACCUGGAGCAGAACAAGCACUGCCUCGCUGUGCCCACGCUCGUCCUGUAUGCGCUGCAGAUCAGCAAAGCCUUGGCAUAUCUGGAGGCCAUCAACUGCGUGCACAGGGACAUUGCGGUGAGGAAUAUCCUGGUGGCCUCCCCAGAGUGUGUGAAGCUGGGUGAUUUUGGGCUCUCCAGGUACAUCGAGGAUGAGGAGUACUAUAAAGCAUCCGUCACCCGUCUCCCCAUCAAGUGGAUGUCCCCUGAGUCCAUCAACUUCCGACGCUUCACAACAGCCAGUGAUGUCUGGAUGUUUGCUGUGUGCAUGUGGGAGAUCCUGAGCUACGGCCGGCAGCCCUUCUUCUGGCUGGAGAACAAGGACGUGAUCGGGGUGCUGGAGAGGGGUGACCGCCUGCCCAAGCCCGACCUCUGCCCACCCAUCCUCUACACCCUGAUGACGCGCUGCUGGGACUACGACCCCAACGAGAGGCCCAAGUUCAACGAUCUGGUUUGCAGCUUGAGUGACAUUUACCUGAUGGAGAAGAAUCUGGCCAACGAGCAGGAGCGGAACAACCGCCACCGGCCUCCCAAAAUCAUGGAGCCACCCACCCCCCAGGAGCCACCCCCCAAGCCCAGCAGACCCAGGUACAAACCUCCACCCCAGAGCAACCUCCUGGCACCCAAGCUUCAGUUCCAGGUGCCCGAGGGUCUGUGUGCCAGCUCACCCACCCUCACCAGCCCUGCUGAGUACCAGUCUCCAGCCAGCUCCCUGCACACCCCUCCGCUCCACCGCCACAACGUCUUCAAGCGCCACAGCAUGCGGGAGGAAGACUUCCUGCGUCCCAGCAGCAGGGAGGAGGCACAGAAGCUGUGGGAGAUGGAGAGGCUGAAGAUGCGGCAGGUGCUGGACAAACAGCAGAAGCAGAUGGUGGAGGACUACCAGUGGCUGCGGCAGGAGGAGAAAUCCCUGGACCCAACGGUGUUUAUGAGCAACAACACUGCUCUGCUGCACCCGGAGAAGGAGACAGAUUACAAUGGUGUAGCGGAGUUCACGGCCCCCCCCCAGAAGCCUCCAAGACUUGGGGCACAGUCCAUCCAGCCAGCCCCCACUGCCAACCUGGACCGCACGGAUGACAUGGUGUACAGCAACGUUAUGGACCUGGUGAGGGCCGUCCUGCAGCUGAAGAAUGAGAUCAGCAUCCUGCCCCCAGAGGAGUACAUCCUCGUGGUGAAGAACGUGGGCCUGUCCCUCCGCAAGCUGAUCAGCAGCGUGGAUGAGAUGCUGCCCCUCCUGCCCGCCACUUCCCGCACCGAGAUUGAAGGCACCCAGAAGUUGCUCAACAAGGACUUGGCUGAGCUCAUCAACAAGAUGCGCCUGGCACAGCAGAACGCCGUCACCUCGCUGAGCGAGGAGUGCAAGAAGCAGAUGCUGACGGCCUCCCAUACCCUGGCUGUGGAUGCCAAGAACCUGCUGGACGCUGUGGACCAAGCCAAGGUCCAGGCCAACCUGGUGAAGCUGUGCUUGGAGUGAGGGAGUGUGAAGGGGUGGGGAAGGAGAAGAGGAGGAGAGGCAACGCUGCACUGGUCGGUGGCGAUGGGAGGAGAGCGGUGUGGACGAGCUGGCUUCUGUGUGUCUCCCGUGGCCUCACCACCCUGUCCUCUAUGUCCCCCUCCUCCUGCUGCUUGUGUCUUUAGCAUCAUCUCGUCAGUCUUCUGAAGAAAGGAGGCGCCUGGUGACGCAACCCUCCAAAGGACUGGGGGUGGCUUGGCUGUCCCCAAGGGUGGAUGAAGGUCCCUUUGUCUCAGUGGCCACCAGUGGGGCUGUGUGUCCAUCUGGUGGGCCCAGUGGGGCUGUCCAGUGGGUCCAUGUGUCUAUCCAAUGGGUCCCCAUGUCCUUCCCAUGGCCCCUCCCAGGGGCAGCACAUCCAACCGGGGACCCGCGCCCCGCUGCUCGGUGCCGGGAGCUGGGGACACAGUGACCAGGGGAGCUGGCUUCCCGGGAGGGGCUCACUGGGGGGACUGUUUGCACUUCCUUGUACAUUAUAUAGGAGAGUUUAUUUAAUGAUGGGUGUGCGUUGGGUCGGUUCUCACAACCAGCCCCAGCCUGGGGAGUGUGGGAGGGAUGGGUCCCUGUGCCCGCAGCCGUCAGUGCCACAAACCAGCCAGGAGAAUGAGGCCUCUUCCAGCUGAGUUUGCUCCAAGUUGCUCUAUGUAAAUGACAAUGGCAACAAAUUCUUUGUUCAGUUUGUGCUUGAAUUGGAAAUCGUACGGUUCGGGCUUUUCCCCAACAUCUUCCCACAACGCUGCUCGUGCUGGCUGAGAUAAACCAUGCACCAAA